GUCUCUAUGUAUGUAUAGUAAAUUAAAAAAAAGUAUCAAAAUACAUUGUUGAAACUAGUAAAUUGAAAUAGGAAAUGUACUUUUAUUAUCAUAUUGCAAAAUAAAACCUGUCGGCGGCGCAACAAAAGAUUAUUUUCUCAACUGUUCUACACUAGACGAUUCUACUUAGAUAAUUUCUUUAUUUUGCUUAUAUAAGGGGGUGGAAGGCCCGAACUUUAGUUCAGAUCUACUUGAGCUACCGAGGAGAUAACUUCGACGAGGGAUAUCCUAGCGAACUGCUAGUGCCGUCAAUUUGCUUUGUGACUUUGUGUGCAUCUUGAGUGCUUAGUUUUGUAGUUUGUAUUAUAUUUUGUAUACGAAAAUGCUGCCUGGUGGAAUGAAACGAAAAGUAGAUGCAGAGGGUCGCCAGUUUCAAGAAAAAUAGACUGAAGAAUUAUUUUUUAUCCUGCACAAUGGUAAGCCUAUUUGUUUGCUGUAAUGUAAUGAAUCCAUUUCAGUGAUCAAAGAAUUAAAUAUAAAGAGGCAUUAGUCAACUAAGCAUCCUACGCUGCACUCACUGACAGGACAAAUAGGAAAAUACAAAAUCCAGAAAGUUACUGCAAAUUUGGAAAAGCAGCAUAAAAUGUUUCAUAAAUAAAGAACACUACUUAAUAAUGUUGUGAAAGCUAGUUUUAUAGUUUGCAGUAGCCAAAUUGGCAAAGUCAUUAAAACCAUUUUCCGAAGGCGAAUUUAUCAAGGAGUUUAUGUUAGAAGUUUGCAGUGUUUUGUGUCAUGAAAAGUAAAAUGAAUUUGAAAAAAUAUGUUUUCCAAGACGAACUGUUGUCCGACAUACAUAAAUUAUGGCUAAUGAUACAAAAACAACAUUGACUGACCGUAUGGCUGGUUUUGAAUCAUUUAUCAUAGCAUUAGACGAGAGCACCGAUUUGUCGGACACAGCUCAACUGGCUAUAUUUGUCGGACACAGCUCAACUGGCUAUAUUUGUCGGACACAGCUCAACUGGCUAUAUUUGUUCCAGGUGUUGAUAAAGAGUUCACUGUUUCUGAGGAAUUGCUUGCUUUACAGUCGCUUAAAGGGACAACUACAGGAGAGGACAUUUUUAAUGAAGUUCAAAAGGUAUUUAAAAAUUUUGCCUUGCCAUGGUCAAAAUUAGUUGAAGUUUGCACAGAUGGUGAUCAA